GGGUCCCGCAAAACCCCUGUCUCUCUCCUCACUGAUCACUCUUCUUCUUCAGACUCAGAGCCAUCGCGCCGCGGCAUCCUCCCUCCGUUCCUGCCCCCUCUUUCUCUAGCGAGCUCCUUUUCUCUCUCCUAGAGAGGCUUCUCCCUUCCUCCUCGCUUGCCCCCAUUGCCUUUGGGCUAUAUAGAGCGGGAUUGGAUUGGAAACGGAGCCCCCGGCGAGUUUGAAACCCAACCAAAACCCCCACCUUUCUCGCCUCGUACUCGCGCGCUCCCCACCGCCUGCCACCGACGCCGCGUCUGGUCUAGAACCAAAUGCCGUGAGAUCUGCGCGCGUGACGCCUUCCCCCGCCGGAGACUCCCUCCGAGCUCCGGGCCACGGAGCGCUUCGUCCCGGAUCCCUCUGGUGGCUCAGGGCAAGUAGAAGGAAAAGGAAACAAGCUUGCUGCGUGUGACCUGCAGACCCCAAGAGGAUGGAUCAGUAUGAGGUGCUGGAGCAGAUUGGAAAAGGAGCAUUUGGUUCUGCGCUUUUGGUGAGGCACAAGGUCGAGAAGAAGAAGUAUGUGCUCAAGAAGAUACGGCUCGCACGGCAAACCGACCGCACACGCCGGUCUGCCCACCAGGAGAUGCAGCUCAUCGCGACUGUCCGGAAUCCAUUCAUUGUGGAGUACAAAGAUUCAUGGGUGGAAAAGGGCUGCUACGUUUGCAUUGUUAUUGGCUACUGUGAGGGAGGAGACAUGGCUGAGGUUAUCAAAAGAGCCAAUGGAAACCAUUUCUCUGAGGAGAAACUUUGCAAGUGGCUCGUGCAACUUCUCAUGGCUCUUGAUUAUCUACAUGCAAAUCACAUUCUUCAUCGAGACGUGAAGUGCUCUAAUAUAUUUAUUGCCAGAGAUCAAAGCAUACGCCUUGGUGACUUUGGCCUUGCAAAGAUAUUGACAUCAGAUGACCUUGCCUCAUCUGUGGUAGGGACUCCAAGUUAUAUGUGCCCAGAACUUCUUGCUGAUAUACCAUAUGGUACUAAAUCCGAUAUUUGGUCUCUAGGAUGUUGCAUUUAUGAAAUGACUGCUCUCAGGCCUGCAUUUAAAGCUUUUGACAUGCAAGCUCUUAUUAGCAAGAUCACAAAGUCGAUAGUAUCACCAUUGCCCACGAGAUAUUCUGGUUCCUUUAGGGGACUUAUCAAGAGCAUGCUACGGAAAAGUCCAGAACACCGACCAAGCGCUGCAGAACUGCUAAAGCAUGUGCACCUUCAGCCUUAUGUGCUUCAGGUCCAGUUGAAGUCCAGUCCCUCUCGCAACAUGUCUCCAAUCUAUCAAGCUCUGACAGACAAAGUUAAGAAGAUGACAUUUCCUAGUGAUAUAACUGAUUCCGCCAGAAGAGUGGCAAGAAGAAACUCGCUUGGAAAUGAGAGGACUGUAACAUUCUGCAAACCCUCUCCUGAGCGGAACUCUAUUAGCUCUACACGGAGCAUCAAAGAAUAUACAACUACCCAGAGUGUCAAAGAGCUAUCUGUUGACAGCAGUCAAAUUGAUGAUGAGGUUACAAGUAAAGCCAUUAGAACAAAGACAACAGGCAUUCUAAGGACGCCCAAGAGUACCCCAGCCAAGACAUUGACUACUAGAAAUCGGUUGGAUCCUCCAAAAACUUCUUACAGCAGAACAAACCAUAGUGAGUUGACCUCAAGAACACCUCUGAACAAGAGUGCUGUGACAGCAAGAAGAGCAUCGCUCCCGCUGCCGACAUACAGAGCACCCAACAGCCGUGCCGCCAGCGUCCUUGACCAACUGGACUCCCCAGACGUGUCCGUCAACGCGCCUCGGAUCGACAGGAUCGCAGAAUUCCCUCUAGCUUCAUCCGAGGACCCCCUGGCGCCCAUGAAGAAGAACCUGUCCUCGGCGCCCGGCCACGACGGCUCAUGCUCCACGCCUCCCUUCAUCAACCGGUCCAUCACGAAGGACAAGUACACGGUGCAGGUGCUGCACAGGGGCGACGGGGACAACGCGAGCGACUCGUCGGGGCGCAACGCCACCGCCGCGUCGAGCGGGGGGUCCAACGACUCGAGGCAGCAGCGGUUCGACACCUCGUCGUACCAGCAGCGCGCCGAGGCCCUGGAGGGCCUGCUGGAGUUCAGCGCGCAGCUGCUGCAGCAGGAGCGGUACGAGGAGCUGGGCAUCCUGCUGAAGCCGUUCGGCCCCGAGAAGGCGUCGCCGAGAGAGACUGCCAUCUGGCUCACCAAGAGCUUCAAGGAGACGGCGUCAUAGCGGAGGGAGGGAGGGAGGGAGUCAUAGCGGAGGGAGGGAGGGAGGGAGUCAUAGCGGAGGGAGGGAGACGUAGCUGCCAGUUUUGUAACGUGCAAUGUAGUUCAGGUAGUUUAAGCUAUGUUAGGACCCCCCAGGUGUAGGUGCUGGAAGGAAGGCAACACCAGCUCAGUGUUGCCCUAACUUAAAAGAAGUUCCCAUGUUGUUUAGCCAUUCUCCGGUUUACCAGUAGGAAACUGAGCAAUCGAUGGUAGCAUUAGGACUAGAAAGCUGAGCCUAGGAUACUGAAACCUUGCUGUAACAUAAUCCUGUGUCACCUGCAAUGAUGCUGAUGCAUGUAGUACUAAA